CUUUUUUUCCCCUCCUUUCUGGCUGCGGUUCUUGCGGCGGAUGACCGAUGGGGGACGCGCAGUCGACGUUCGAAGACGGCGAGACUCCAGGCCUGAUUGCUCCCGAGGAGGACCGUGACACGCUUCUCAAAAACAACGGGCAAAUCGCUGGAAAAUCAGAUACCCCACUGGGGGAUGUCAACGAUAUCUGUGAAGAUGACAAAGCAGAAAAUAAUUCUUCAGAGAAGCUGCCUAACGUGGAGACACUGUUACAAAAUGUUACUGCGGUUGAGAACGAGUCCAACAAAGAGACCGAAGAAGAAGAAGAAAUAUCCUUAGAAGUCAUUGAAGUGGAGGCCAAACAAAACGACAUCAAUGAGAGCUUCAAGACUUUCUUCAGUAAAGUUGGUCUGAAAUUUACAUUGAAACGAGGCUCAAGGGACCAGGGUGAGAUCGGCGCAGAUGGGCCCGAGUCCACAGAGGAUGAGAACCUGGCCGACGGAACCCAGGUUCCGACGGACCUAGAAAAUUCCCAGACCGAGGCGGGCGGCCCCGACGAAGAAUGGACGCACAUUGACACUCCGGCCGAACUGGAUACUUCGUCUCCGUCCUGCGCCAACGAAGAAGCACCUAUGUCGCCCAUUAAAAAGUUUUUCACCACAGGAAUCUUUGCAGGGUUACAGAAGAAGAGGGUCUCUUUGGAAGAGGAAAUCAUGACGAGAGAGAUGUUUCUUCAGACUGCGGAAGAAACGGCGGAAGACCAAAAAGAGGACACGCAAAGUAGUCAAGUUCCAUUUGAAGACACGGAAGACAAUCCGUCCACGGAGCAGGUGAGCGAACCUGAGACCCCAAAAGAGAUGGAGAAUGUUCCGUCAAGUCCUCUGAAGAGGCUCCUCCUGGGCUCUAGGCUAAUGAUGCUCAAAAGGCAAAAAGAUGAAAAAGAGGGCGAAGAACCUAAAUCGAUAGGUGCCUCUGACCAGCCUGACGUGGCGGAGAACAAUGCAAACCAAAAUUCAGCACCACCUGCAGAGGAUGAAGAGAGUCCGUGGACCACCUUUAAGAAGCUCUUAUCUCCUAAAAAGCGUGCCAACAGGCCCAUCUCGAAUGACGAUAACGUGCAGAACUCAAAAGAUGAACUACUGCCGAACCAAGAAGAUCAUGUGGACAAGGACAAAAAGCGGAAAGAUUCCUGGGAUCCCGUCAAACGUGGAAUAAGUCACCCGGCGUCAGAGUUGGAUGCCGAAACAACUCCGGUUGGUGUAAAUGAUGCAGAAGCAGUAGAACACGAUGAGCAUGCUAAGGUUUCAGCAGGUGAAGGAGCUAUGAGUUCGGCGCAGGAUGAAGUGGAGUCAGCUUGGGACACCUUCAAGAGACUGAUGAGCCCAAAAAGGAAAGCUAAACCCCUGGACCAAGGACUGCGCAGUCCCGUACAGGAAGACAUGCAAGAAAACCUCUCCUUCUCAGCUAGGUUUUUCCCAGACUGGAAAAAGAGAAAGUCCAUCUCAAACAAAGACCAAGAAACACCUUUGGGCAACGAUGAUCGGGAGCUGGCCGCAGGUGACGUCACCUCGGAGACGCCGGCCGUGGUCCCCUCGUCCAAUUACAACAGAGUUAAGGUAGAAGCAAAAGAGACUGAUGACACGUCCAUAAAAGCCGAUGCUCAAUUCAACCAAGACCUCAGUUCUGAGGUGACAGAACCUGCCCAUCCUUCAGAUGAGGAAUCCCGGCAAAAUGCAGAGGCCUCAGAAAACCAGGGCACAGAUGAAGACUCGGUUGAGUUCACGGCGUUUGUGGGAAAAGCCCUCAGUGAUAUUACGGAAGAAGGGGACUUUACGGAGAGCACCGUGGCAGAGGAUCUGAUUGAACCGCUGGACCACGAGGACAGCAACCUCUCUGAUGACAGCGAGAUGAUCUCCCGACUAAUAACACCGGGCCCUACCACACGCGUUUUGCAAAAGUCUCAGGUCCAAGGAACACAGGAAUAUUUGCAGCAGGUUGAGGGCAUUCUAGAAGCAGAGCUUCAAUCUUCCAAUGAGAUCGUUUGUUGUGGCUUGAGUGACACACUUCAAACAGUUGGAGAGGAUCGGCAAGCCCCUGAGCUCCAAAAACCUAUCGCAACCGACAUCCCAAGGACAGAUAUAGAUGUUAAUGAAACGGAGGAAACUGAGUCAUUUGAGGUCAUAACAAUGACAGAAAUGAAGCCUCCCGUUCUUACAGAAGAGAUAAACACUGCAGAAAUUACUGCUCCAAUUUCUACAGAGAAUCUUGGGACAAUGACAAGUUUCAUUUCAACCACAGACCUUGACAGCGAGGAAAUAGUAACUUCCGAGCCUAGAGAAGACCACGACACAUAUGAAAUUGUAACAUCAGUUCCAACUGAGAAUUCAGUCACCGAGGAAAUGACACAUCCAAACACAACACAGCUCAAAACAAAAGAAAUGGCAGCUCCCGUUCUUACAGACAGUCAGGAAAUGACAUCUCCAAUUCCUUCUAAAGAGCUCGACAAGGAAAUCGGAUCUCCGACUUCUACUGAGCAACAUGAAACAGAGGAACUCGCAGCUCCCAUUCCUACAGAGGACCUUAGCAACAUGAAAAUGACGACCCUCAUUCCUACCGAGGGGUUCAACACAGAGGAAAUCAGACUCUCUACUCCUACCAAAGAGGAAAUGACACCACCAAUUCUUCCCUUGGAAGCCGACACUAGACUCAGAAGUCGAAUUCCUUCGGUGGAGCUCGACAGUGAGGGAAUCAAGCCUGAGAAUGCUACAGAAGAGCUUCCCACAGAAGAAAAUGUACCUGAAAUUCAUGCAGGGACGUCAAACCUUGAGGAAAUCGCACCUCUGAGCACAACCAAGCUUGACAUCACGGGAAUCACACCCCAUAUUCUUACUGAAGAGAUCGACACUCAGGAAAUGACACCUCUGACCGGGGACCUCGACACCAAGGAAAUCACAACUUCCCUUCCAACAGAGAAGCUCAACAUCAAUGAAGUUAUGACUACAGUUCCUACUGAUGAUCUCGGCGAGGAAAUGACACUUGUUGAGGAGUGCGACAAAGAGGAAAUGACACCUCCUAUCCCCACCGAGAAAAUCAAAACUUCUCUUCCUACCGAGGACAUCCAUGCUAGGGAAAUGGAGACUAAUGUUCUUACAGAGGAGCCCCACACCCAGGAAGAUACAACUCCAGGUCCUACCAACGACCUCGACGCCAAGGAAAACGCAACUCCUGUUCUCACAGAGGAAAUUGACAGCCAGGAAGCUACGACUCCAGUUCCUACAGAGGAAUUAAAAAAGGAGGAAAUCCGAUUUCCGCCAGAGGAAAUAACACUUAUUCUCUCCAAAAAGCUUGACGCCAAAGAAACAACUCCCGCUUCGAGCAAGAAGCUUGACGUCGAGAGAACCGUUUCUGCCACGGAACAAACAGCGCCCCCUACGACCGAGGAAAUCACACCAUCAAUUCCUUCAGAAGAGCUCACCACCCAGGAACACACGAGUCUAAUUGCUGCUGAAGAAAUCAGACCUUCUCCUAGCAAGGAGCAUGACCCAGUGAAUAUGACACAUCCUACUUCCAGCAAGCGGCUUGACACAGAGAAAAUCACAACUUCCCUUCCUACAGAGGACCUCAACACCAAAGAUAUCCCUCUUUCCAUUCCAACUAUGGAAUUUGACAGCAAGAAUAUCAUGCUUCCAAUUCUCAGUGAGGAACUUGAGGAAAUCAUGGAUACAGAAGAGGAAAUUGAACCACUUAUUUCUACUGAGGAAAUUACGCUUCCUGCUCUUAUUAAGGAGUUUGACACCCAAGAAGUGGUGUCCCCAAUUCUUAUCCAUGAGCUUCACGAAGAGGAAAUAAGCCCUCCGAGUGCAACUGAGGAAGAAGACACAGAAGAAACUAUGCCUCCUAUUCCAGCUGUGGAGCUUGACAUCAAAGAGAUGGCAGCUCCAGUUCCUAGCGAAGAACUCACAACUUUCAUUCCUGCGGAGGUGCUCAACACCUUGGAGGAAUCACCUUCAAUUCCUACACAAGAACUUGCCACAAAGGAAAUUGCACCUCUAACUUUUGGGAAAAAAGACACUGAGGAAGUCGUCCCUCCAGUUCUUCAAAAGGAGCUCAACACGCAAGAAUUGACGUCCCCAAUUCCUACCGAUGAGCUUCAUAACAAGGAAAUGAGGCCUCCAACUCCAACUGAGGAACAAGACACAGAACAAAAUGCACCUUCUAUUUCGACCGUGGAGCUUGACAGCAAGGAAAUCCCAGCUCCAAUUCCUACAGAGGCGCUCACCACUGAGGAACUCAUGACUCCAAUUCCUACCGGGCAGCUUUACAACGAGGUAGUAGGGCCUCCGACUCCCAAUGAGGAACAAGACACAGAAGAACCUGUGCCUCCCAUUUCCGCCGUGGAGCUUGACAGCAAGGAAAUCCCAGCUGCAAUUCCAACAGAGGUGUUCAACACCUUAGAGAAUACAUUUCAAAUUCCUACAGAUGAGCUUCAUAACAAAGAAAUGAAGCCACCGACCCCUACUGACGAACAAGACACAGAAGAACAUGUGCCUCCCAUUUCGACCGUGGAGCUUGACAGCAAGGAAAUCCCAACUGCAAUUCCUACAGAGGUGUUCAACACCUUGGAGAACACAUUUCAAAUCCCUACAGAUGAGCUUCAUAAUAAAGAAAUGAGGCCACUGACUCCUCCUGAGGAACAAGACACAGAACAAACUGCACCUACUAUUUCGAUUGUAGAGCUUGACAGCAAGGAAAUCCAAGCUCCAAUUCCUGCAGAGGCUCUCACCUCCGAGGAACUCACAACUGCAAUUCCAACAGAGCAACUUCAUUAUGAGGUAGUUGGACCUCCGACUCCCACUGAGGAACAAGACACAGAAGAACCUGUGCCUCCCAUUUCGACCGUGGAGGUUGACAGCAAGGAAAUCCCAGCUGCAAUUCCUACAGAGGUGUUCAACACAUUGGAGAAUACAUUUCAAAUUCCUACAGAUGAGCUUCAUAAUAACGAAACAAGGCCACUGCCUCCUACUGAGGAACAAGACACAGAACAAACGGCACCUUCUAUUUUGACCUUGGAGCUUGACAGCAAGGAAAUUCAAGCUCCAAUUCCUGCAGAGGCUCUCACCUCAGAGGAACUCACAACUGCAAUUCCAACCGAGCAACUUCAUUAUGAGGUAGUUGGACCUCCGACUCCCACUGAGGAACAAGACACAGAAGAACCUGUGCCUCCCAUUUCGACCGUGGAGGUUGACAGCAAGGAAAUCCCAGCUGCAAUUCCUCCAGAGGUGUUCAACACCUUGGAGAAUACAUUUGAAAUUCCUACAGAUGAGCUUCAUAAUAACGAAACAAGGCCACUGCCUCCUACUGAGGAACAAGACACAGAACAAACGGCACCUUCUAUUUUGACCUUGGAGCUUGACAGCAAGGAAAUUCAAGCUGCAAUUCCUACAGAGGUGUUCAACACAUUGGAGAAUACAUUUCAAAUUCCUACAGAUGAGCUUCAUAAUAACGAAACAAGGCCACUGCCUCCUACUGAGGAACAAGACACAAAACAAACGGCACCUUCUAUUUUGACCUUGGAGCUUGACAGCAAGGAAAUUCAAGCUCCAAUUCCUGCAGAGGCUCUCACCUCCGAGGAACUCACAACUGCAAUUCCAACCGAGCAACUUCAUUAUGAGGUAGUUGGACCUCCGACUCCCACUGAGGAACAAGACACAGAAGAACCUGUGCCUCCCAUUUCGACCGUGGAGGUUGACAGCAAGGAAAUCUCAGCUGCAAUUCCUACAGAGGUGUUCAACACCUUGGAGAAUACAUUUGAAAUUCCUACAGAUGAGCUUCAUAACAAAGAAAUGAAGCCACCGACCCCUACUGAGGAACAAGACACAGAAGAACAUGUGCCUCCCAUUUCGACCGUGGAGCUUGACAGCAAGGAAAUCCCAACUGCAAUUCCUACAGAGGUGUUCAACACCUUGGAGAAUACAUUUCAAAUUCCUAUAGAUGAGCUUUAUAAUAAGGAAACGAGGCCACUGACUUCUACUGAGGAACAAGAAGCAGAACAAACGGCACCUUCUAUUUCGACCUUGGAGCUUGACAGCAAGGAAAUCCAAGCUCUAAUUCCUGCAGAGACUCUCACCUCCGAGGAACUCACAACUGCAAUUCCAACCGAGCAACUUCAUUAUGAGGUAGUUGGACCUCCGACUCCCACUGAGGAACAAGACACAGAAGAACCUGUGCCUCCCAUUUCGACUGUGGAGCUUGACAGCAAGGAAAUCCCAGCUGCAAUUCCUACAGAGGUGUUCAACACCUUGGAGAAUACAUUUCAAAUUCCUACAGAUGAGCUUCAUAAUAAAGGAAUGAAGCCACCGACCCCUACUGAGGAACAAGACACAGAAGAACAUGUGCCUCCCAUUUCGACCAUGGAGCUUGACAGCAAGGAAAUCCCAGCUGCAAUUCCUACAGAGGUGUUCAACACCUUGGAGAAUACAUUUGAAAUUCCUACAGAUGAGCUUCAUAACAAAGAAAUGAAGCCACCGACCCCUACUGAGGAACAAGACACAGAAGAACAUGUGCCUCCCAUUUCAACCGUGGAGCUUGACAGCAAGGAAAUCCCAGCUGCAAUUCCUACAAAGGUGUUUAACACCUUGGAGAAUACAUUUCAGAUUCCUACAGAUGAGCUUCAUAAUAAAGAAAUGAGGCCACUGACUCCUACUGAGGAACAAGACACAGAACAAAUGGCACCUUCUAUUUCGACCGUUGAGCUUGACAGCAAGGAAAUCCAAGCUCCAAUUCCUGCAGAAGCUCUCAUCUCCGAGGAACUCACAAUUGCAAUUCCAACCGAGCAGGUUCACAAUGAGGUAGUUGGACUUCCGACUCCCACUGAGGAACAAGACACAGAGGAACAUGUGCCUCCCAUUUCGACCGUGGAGCUUGACAGCAAGGAAAUCCCAGCUGCAAUUCCUACAGAGGUGCUCAACACCUUGGAGAAUACAUUUCAAAUUCCUCCUGAUGAGCUUGAUACCAAGAAAAUUGCGCCUCCCAUUCCCAACGAUAACCUUGACACAGACACAGUUCUACUUAAAAUUCCUUCCGAAAUGUCAGACAGAGAGGAAACAACUCGCAUUCAAACAGAGGAGCUUGACCAAGAGGAAGUAAACCCUUCGAUUCCAACGGAGAUACUUGACCUAAAGGAAAUCUCGUCUUCCAUACUUUCCAGUAACCUCGACACCAAGGAACUUCCAGACUCAAUACUUACUGGAGAGCUCUACAAAGAGGAAAUUGAGGAAAUAAGGUCUCUGAUUCCCACUGAGGAACAAGACCCAAAAGAACUGGGGCCUCCCAUUCUGACAGUAGAGCUCGACACCAAGGAAAUCACAGCUCUAAUCUCUACUGAGGUGCUCAAAACCUUGGAGAAUACUCCUCAAUUUCCUAGCCAAGAGCUUGACACCCCAAAAAUUGUGCCUGACAUCCCCAUUGAUGAACCUGACAAAGACACAAUUGAACUUAAAACUGACCUAGAGGGAAUAAAACCUGGAUUUCCAAUAAAGGAGCUUGACCUAGAGGAAGUAAACCCUCCAAUUCAUAUAGAACAGCUUAACCUAAAGGAAAUGUCCCCUUCCAUUCUUACCAAGGAGCUCAACACCAAGGAAAUUUCACCUUCAUUACCUACCCAAGAGCUCGGCAGAGAAGAAAUUAUACUUCCAAUUCUUAGCGGGAAGCUUGACACAGAGGAUAUCGUGGCACCAAUUCCAAUUGAGAAGUUAGUUGCUGAGAAAAUUCAAAACCAGGAGCUUGAUACAAAGGAAAUCACACCUGAAAACAUAAAAGCUGCAAACCAAUCAAAGUCUGAAAACAUCCGAGAUGAAUUAGCUAGCAUCGAUAAGAUCUAUGAAUUUGUGAACUGCCUUACUGACGUAAAGCAAUCAGAUUCUGAAAACAAAGACAUUAGCAGUGAAGCAUAUCAAUCCACCAACCAAAGUGGAAUAGAAGCUCCCAAAGUGGAUAGUCAAGAGUCCGUAUCUAUUGCAGAACCUGAAAACAGAGAGGGACCUAUGGAACAACUUCAGAUAAAGGAUCGCAUUCCUGUUGUGGAUGAGUUCAAAACAUUAGGAGAUCUACAAGAAGACACAACAAAUUUACUAAAGGAAACCGAUGCAAUAGAAAACUCUCUACAAGCAAUCGCAAAACAUUCAGAGGAUCAGGGAGCCAAGGUAGUGCCAGAGCACGGUCCAGAAGCAUUUACAAAAGAAACGGCACAGACAACAGAGAGUUCAUCGGUGGCCGUUUUAGAAGCGGAAGUGAUUUCGGAUGAACCCGCCCCUCAACUGGUCGAGGAUGAAAUCUUUUCCGAGGAGGCAACAGAGGACCAACAGUCAAUUAGCAUUAAAACCAAAAAGAAACAUCAAGCAAAUGAGCCAGUGGAUGCAUCCAAAAAUGUACAUAUUCAACAAAUUGAAUCUGUGGAAUCAGAGAAAUCGCAAACGGAACUUGCCGAUCAAUUUCAAAAAGCGACUGCCAUCCUGCUUGAAACUGAGGCCCAAGUGUUACAAUCACUUGGAAUUGCAGUAUCAGUAGCAGCACAGGAAACAAAGUUUGAACCUGAAACAGUGGACAUACAACAUGUUGAAAUCAAAGAAAAUAUUCAUGGAAAAGAAUCUCUGAUGAAAAACAUCAAAGAGGAGCACUUCCCUUUUCUGGAAUCUGAUUGUGAGCCAGAAGAAAAAGACCAAAAGGCCUCACAGACUUCUGAAUUUGAAUGUCAAACUGAACCAAUGAAAGAAGAGCAAGAAGACCUGUCAGCUACAAUUCAAGAAAUAUCACAAGAUGUACUUGCCGAAGAAACCAUGAUAGCUCAAGUCAAAUAUGAAAAUGCAGCUCUAACAGAAGACGCACCAGUACAGGAAGACCAGAAGAUUGGAGAUAAACUUAUUCCGUACCAGGAAGUUGGACAAGAGUCAGCUCUAAACUCAGCCAUCCCUCCACAGGCAACUAAAACCAAAGAAACUGAAGAGGAGACUGUGCCUGAGCUCCUAGAGUCAACAAAAGACAACCGGGUUAAUGUGGACACGUUUGAUAUUGUACCGGUGAAAGAUAUUGAAAAACCUGGACUAUCACUGCUGACAGAAUCUGCUGAGGCUGUAGAAAUCAUAUUUGUAGAAGAAAAAAUGACAGAAAACUUGAAAAAGGAGAAUGUAGAUUUUACUGAGGUUCAACCAGAGAGUGAUGAAAUGGCAGAGGAUGAAGUUAAAAUUAAACUUAAACCCCAACAGGCUGUAGUAGCACAGGAAGAAACCGUCAGCAAGAGCAUUGCAGAAGAAAGAACAGUUUUGGUUGAAUUUAAAGACAAGACCAUUCCCUUUACUGAGGUGAUUGUUGAACCUCAGGGAAAAGGUGACGACGCAGUAGAUGAAAAGGACAACACAAAAGCAGUCAAAUUUGAAGUUUUAGCAUCAGAGGAAGCUAAACAAGGAAUAUCUUGUUCUCAAGGAAUAGCAGAAAACAUUCUGGCUGAGGAAAGUCUUAUAAGUGAACCCGACGAGGAAGCCAAACACUUCCCCGAAGUCCCUUUGGAGCAGCUACACAAAGACGAGAAGCAAGGAACUGAUAGGACAGAGGCUAUUGCAGCAGAAUGUGCUCAAACUGGAGUAAUGUCCUCGCUACGUGAUCAAGCUGGACAGCUAGAGAAAGAUGAACUCAUUGAAGAAAGCAUCAUCCCAAAUGAAACUUUUAUAGAAGAAAUUUCAAAACCACAAACUGAAACAAAGCCUCAACCGGAUCAGGCUUUUGAUGAGGAGGAUCCAGAACAAGAAAAGACCGCUGAUGAGCUCUUACGAAAAGCUCCGAUGAAGGAGGAAAACCGGAAAGAUGGCACAGAACAAGUAGGAGGGGCACAUGCUUCCUUACAUCAAGAGGAAACAAGUUGCGCUGAGAUCCUUGAAAAGAUCAUUUAUGAAAAUUUGCCAACAAUUUCUGGAGUUACAGCUGAUCAAGCCAAACUCCAGGUGUAUCCAACUGACAUGGAAACUAGAAUCAAUCUACUGGAUCAACUAGAGGUGACAACCGCUACAGCAGAGCACGCUCUGGUUACUCAAAUGACCACUUGUCGUUAUAAAGAGAUCACAAUUUCACUACCUGAUGUGCCUGAGAGUCCAACUGGCAUGCGGGAAGCUCUCCCGGUCUCUGAUGUUAGGGCUAUCACAGAAACCGCCCUGACUGAAGCACCGCUGACGACAGACAUUGUUACAAAUAUAGCAAAGAUGGGUACGGAGUUAAUGAUGAUGCAUGCGCCAGCAAUGGAGGUCAACCAUAGUGUUCAAAGGGCCAAUGUGGACAUCUUAUUGGCAGAGAAGAGCGUGGGUCAACCGCUGGAGGUAGGGGUUAGAGAAGACAAAGCAGUCUUUGAUGUGUGUCUUGAAAGUGUUGAACAAGUUUCAAUAUCUAAGGGGGUCGAGGUAGAAACAUGUGAUGACAACGCGGUGAUCCGCCAUGAGAUUUUUCCACAGGUAAAUCAAUCCCAACUUGAGACUUUGAAGAAAUUGGUUUUGAAGGAAGCCGAGGAAGUGGAACAUGUGACAGAUGAUGGGUCUGUAAGACACGAGGUAGAAACACACGAGGACAACACGGUGAUCCGCCAUGAUGUGUUUCCACAUAUAAACCAAACCCAACUUGAGAGUUUGAAGAAAUUGGUUUUGGAGGAAGCCGAGGAAGUGAAACAUGUGACAGAUGAUGGGUCUGUAAGACAUGAACAGAGACAGACAGAAGAAAGAACAGUUUUGGUUGAAUUUAAAGACGAGGCCAUUCCCUUUACUGAGGUGGUUGUGGAACCUCAGGGAAAAGGUGACGACGUAGUAGAUGGAAAGGACAACACAAAAGCAGUCAAAUCUGAAGUUUUAGCAUCAGAGGAAGCUAAACAAGGAAUAUCUUGUUCUCAAGGAAUAGCAGAAAACAUUCUGGCUGAGGAAAGUCUUAUAAGGGAACCCGUUGAGGAAGCCGAACACUUCCCCGAAGUCCCUUUGGAGCAGCUACACAAAGGCGAGAAGCAAGGAACUGACAGGACACAGGUUAAUGCGGCAGAAUGUGCUCAAACUGAAGUAAUUUCCUCGCUACGUGACCAAGCUGGACAGCUCGAGAAAGAUGAACUCAUUGAAGAAAGCAUCAUUCCAAAUGAAACUUUUAUAGAAGAAAUUUCAAAACCACAAACUGAAACAAAGCCUCAACCGGAUCAGGCUUUUGAUGAGGAGAAUCCAGAACAAGAAAACACUGCUGAUGAGCUCUUACGAGAAGCUCCGAUGAAGGAGCAAAACCAAAAAGAUGGCAUAGAACAAGUAGGAGGGACACAUGCGUCCUUACAUCAAGAGGAAACAAGUUGCGCUGAGAUCCUUGAAAAGAUAAUUUAUGAAAAUUUGCCCACAAUUUCUGGAGUUACAGCUGAUCAAGCCAAACUCCAGGUGGAUCCAACUGACAUGGAAACUAGAAUCGAUCUACUGGAUCAACUAGAGGUGACAACCGCUACAGCAGAGCACGCUCUGGUUACUCAAAUGACCACUUGUCGUUAUAAAGAGAUCACAAUUUCACUACCUGAUGUGCCUGAGAGUCCAACUGGCAUGCGGGAAGCUCUCCCGGUCUCUGAUGUUAGGGCUAUCAUAGAAACCGCCCUGACUGAAGCACCGCUGACGACAGACAUUGUUACAAAUAUAGCAAAGAUGGGUACAGAGUUAAUGAUGAUGCAUGCACCAGCAAUAGAGGUCAACCAUAGUGUUCAAAGGGCCAAUGUGGACAUCUUAUUGGCAGAGAACAGCGCGGGUCAGCCGCUGGAGGUUGGAGUUAGAGAAGACAAAGCAGUCUUUGAUGUGUGUCUUGAAAGUGUUGAACAAGUUUCAAUAUCCAAGGGGGUCGAGGUAGAAACAUGUGAUGACAACGCGGUGAUCCGCCAUGAGAUUUUUCCACAUGUAAAUCAAUCCCAACUUGAGACUUUGAAGAAAUUGGUUUUGGAGGAAGCCGAGGAAGUGGAACAUGUGACAGAUGAUGGGUCUGUAAGACACGAGGUAGAAACACACGAGGACAACACGGUGAUCCGCCAUGAGGUGUUUCCACAUGUAAACCAAACCCAACUUGAGAUUUUGGAGCAGGUGGUCUUAAAAGAAGCCGAGGAAGUGAAACAAGCAACAGAUGACGGGACUGUAAGACUUUUAUUAAUACCAGACAAUGAAUGUCCUCCCAAAAGUGAAGAUUUGGAAGAGACGUCACGUCAAGAAGCUAUGCAGCACAGUUUAGAGAUCCCCCAAAGCCAGGAUAAGUCUGAGGAACGGAAACAUGAGCUGAGCAAAUCUGAAGACCUAGGUCAGACAAUAGUUCCUAAGAUGGUCCCCCAAUAUAUUUCGGCACAAUCAACAUCUGUUUCUGAGCUGGAAAAGGAAAGUUCCACUCAGUUACUGGAAGCAGUGGCACCAACUACUAAAGUUGUUCAGAUGCUGCUAGUUGAAGAGGAACCAUCAUCCCAAACAGAUAGUCAUGAAGACAGAUACCCAGUUAAGGAAAGUCCAAUGGAUGAAGAUGUAAGUCAGUCACCAGAAGCCUUAAGCCAAACAGAACAAGAUAGGUAUCAAGGCAGAGAGACAACCAAGGAAGACUCUCAGACCCCAGUUAGAGAAAAAACAUCAUCUGGAACUCAUACAGAAGAAACGAUCUCCCCACCGGAGCCUCUUGAUGGCGCCAAAUGCCAAAUAAAUGAUGAUCAUCCCACUGAGGUUGGUGCUCUUGCCCCUGAAACACAGCACAUAAACACACUGGAUAUAGUUGUUAGACAUGAAGAUCUCAUUGAAGGUCUUCAGACACUGUUAGCAGAAGAAUCCUCAUCACAAGUACCUCCACAGAACGUGGUCACUGAGGUUUGUAUUCUGACUCUGGACUCUGUAGAAUUAGUUAGUGAUCAUAAACAGGGUACGACUAGGGAAAGUGUUCAUGCGCAAGAAUCAGAAGAGCCCUUCAGCCAAAAAAGGCCAGUUGAAGAGCAAACACCAGCAGCGAUAUCCAAUGAGAGUCACCAAGAACUAAAAGCACAGGAGGUCCUCUCCUCUAAAGACUCAACUGAGAUACAGAGAGAAAUUGAGCUAUCAGACGAGCAUGAGUCAUUAGCCAACAAGGAGUCCACGGAGACCCAGACACAAAUGGAGCUAAUAGAGGGGCCUGAUCAGCAAGGAGAAUACCAAGGGUCAUUAGCACCAAAAGAGUAUGCAGAGACCCAGAAUCUAACGGAGCUAUCACAAGAACAUGAUGAGCGAAGAGAAAACCAAACGGCAAUAGCUCAAAAUGAAUAUGUGGAGACCCAAGAACACAUAGAGCUAUCAGAAGAGCAUGAUCAGCAAAGAGAAAAUAAGGAGUCAUCAGCCCAAAACGAGUCCAUAGAGAACUGGAAACAAAUGGCGCCAUCAGAAGAGCAUUAUGAGUCAAGAAAAAACCAAACGUCAACAGCUCAAAAUGAGUAUGCGGAGACCCAGAAACAAAUAGAGCUAUCAGAAGAGCAUGAUCAGCCGAGAGAAACCCAGGAGUCAUUAACCCAAAAGAGGUCAAAAGAGAACUUGAAACAAAUGGAGCCAUCAGAAGAGCAUGAUGAGCCAAGAGAAAAUCAGGGGUCAUCAGCCCAAAAGGAGACCGCUGACACACAGAAACAAAUGGAGCUAUUAGAAGAGGAUCAGCAAAGAGAAAAUCAGGAGUCAUCAUCCCAAAAUGAUUGCAUAGAGAACUGGAAACAAAUGGAGCUAUCAGAAGAGCAUAAUGAGCCGAAAGGAAACCAGGAGUCGUUAGCCCAAAAGGAGACCAUUAAAAUCCAGGAACAAAUGGAGCUAUCAGAAGUGCAUGGUAGGCCAACAGACAACCAAGAGUCGUUAGCCCAAAAGGAGACCAUUAACAUCCAGGAACAAAUGGAGCUACCAGAAGGGCAUGAUAAGCCAAACGACAACCAAGAGUCGUUCACUGAAGAAGUAGUCACCAGGAACCAGAAGGAAGUAGAGCCAGGAGAAAACCAAGAAUCAUUAACCCCCAAAAAUUCUACCGAGAACGACAAAGUGCCAGAGAUACCGGAACCUGCUCGGGCAAAAGAAAAAAUACUCCCAAAAUACAUAUCAGAAAAACAGACAGAGGCAGAACCAACUGCUGAUGGCCAAAUUCAGAUCCUUCCAUUUCUAGAAACGUCAAAAUCGGCAAGGGAAUGGCAAUCGCCCGAGAUCCUGGUGACUGCGGACACUGCGGUCCUUUUGAAAUCUGUCCUUCGACCAAUGGAGACAGUGGAAGCAGUAGAGGAAACCUUCCCUGCGUUAACUUUAGAAGCAACACAGGAAAUUCAACCAGUGGAAACAAUGCAGGCAGUAUACCAAAUCCUAUUAAUUUCUCAGGAUCAGGGAAAAGACACUGGGGUCCCCGUCAAAGAAGCGGACGAUGAGCAGGAUAUAUGGAUGGACGCUGAGGAGGACAUCCAAAUUCAAGAAGACGCGGAUGUGUUGUUGCCGCAAGAUGGGAACUUUCAGUGCCAUGGAAACCUAGAGGUGAAAACGGCACUCCGAGAGGAAUCCCAUACGCUGGCGACUCCCCAUCCCGAGGACCAGAACCAGAGCAAAGAAAGUGCAGCGCCGGACCGUCCCGAAACGCCGCCCGAUCCCAAAGAAGUGCCACGAGUCUCAAGCAUUUGAACUGGGAGGGCUGACGGCGAGGACGAUCAAGCAUCUCCAUGUCAGAAUUAGCAAUUUUCUCGUUAUUGUAUGCCAUUUGGCUUGGCAGUUAAUCCUACUCCCGAGUACAAAGUGAAGACGCAUCAUAGUAGCUUGGCAUUCGCAAAUGUGUGUAUUUCUCGCUUGGACCCGAGCCACGGCAGAUAUCAAUACUGUAGAUUGCUUUGGCGCCAUCUUGGUACAAAGGAACUAUGUCAGAGUGAGAGAAAUAAAGUACUCCGCAAAUGUUUACGUUAACUCAUCUGCUGCCAAUCCAUUAUGACUGGGAUUGCUUCAAAUACAUUAGAUUUUUUGAUCAUGUUUUGCCACCCACCACUACCAGCUAUCACAGAGUUCCCAAAAAGGUGUUACUGGUGGCGGCACUCAAAUUGCCCCAUAAUUAACGGGAAUUCACUCCAGAAUGCAACAGAAUGUACAGGAAGUGACCCAAAAUCAGAGGUAGGUAGAGGAGACAAAAAUUUGACUGAAGUAAGAGUAGCAUUACUUCAAAAUAAUAUUACUCAAGUAUUCAUCCAAACAAGUUACUCAAGUAAAAAAGUAUUCGGUGAAAAGAAUACUUAAGUAAUGAGUAACAUUGUGAGUAACUGCUUUUUUUUUUUUUUUUUUUUAAACAAUGGAUUUUUUUUUGUCAGCACAAAAAUGUAUUUUUAUGAACUGUUACUAUUAUACAACACUACAACCUAUUACACAACCACGUUAAGCCAAGUAAAAAAAAAAAAAUCAAUGAAUUCCUGCGAGAGUAAAAAAAACUACAGAAAUAAAGCAUCAUUCGUCAAAAGAGCAUGUGUGCCCUCUAGUGGAGAAAACAUUUCCCAUUAUGAAAUUAAAAGGAUCAUGUUUGUGGUUUUCCAAUUGGUCAAUCGGUGCCAAAUAUUGGGAGAGAAGUUAAAAUCAGCGCUUUCCAGUCAUGUUGACGGUAGCCCUCUAUGUCAAAUAUUAAUUUUUUACGGUGCUUUAAAGACGCCACAUGAUUGAACAGGCUGCCGUGAUCAUAGAAAGGCAAGCUGGAGUCUGAUUGGUAUAAUGGAGUCAUGUGAUUAUUGUUCCAGCGUCUCAUCGGUGAAACUGGUAGAGCCAUGUUGGCAUCUCUGGCAAAAAAAAAAAAAAAAAAGUAAACUCUAAUAUGUAGAAUAAAGAAGAAAAAUAUAACGACUGGUUUAGCCCAAAAUAGUGGAGUAGCGUUUCUUCUUCACAAAUCUACUUAAGUAAAAAGUAUGGCUUAGUAAAGCUACUCUUAGAAGUACAUUUUUCUCAAAAUGUUACUCAAUUAAAUGUAACGGAGUAAAUGUAAUGCGUGACUACCCACCUCUGCCUAAGAUCAACAGGAAGUGACCCAAAUCAGCAGAACCUGACUCAAAAGUGCCCCAAAAUCAAGAGGAAAUACUUCAAAAUGUACAAAAAGUGAUCCUGGAAUGCCUCAAAAUGUACAGGGAGUGACCUGUGCGUACCCUAAAAUUUGACAUGUAGUGACCAAUGAACAGGAAAUGAAUUGGGAGGAUGAGCCGCGAAUGCUCAGCGUUCAGUGACGUUCACAUUCAUUGAUCCUUCUCAGGCCAAAUGGAUUGGACGUCUGGCGCCGUCAAUGAGUUAUUUAAAGCCCUGGUCAUGAAAAUUCCUGCGGAAAACCAUCCAUACCAGGUGAUUUUCCUUUGAAGGACCUACAUGGACGAGUAGAGAAAAAGAAUUGGACGUCUACAGUGGCCCAAAACAUGACCCUUGGAUCCAAGCUCACCCUGUCAAAUGGAUUGGCCUAUUAUUUUCCUUUCCAUUACCUAUGAUAUACACAUAUGGUAUAUAAGAUAAGCUAAAAUAAAUGUAUGAGUACUGACUACAUUUAGUCAGUAUUGUUUGAUAUUGCACAUUACUUUUUUUUUUUUGAGUCCAAAUAUCCUUGCACUUGCUCCACUCCACUGUUGAUUGUCUUUUAAUUCCUUAUUUGAAUAUGAAUGCUGAUGUCAAA